ACCAUUAGCCACAAUGAUAUACAUAAAAAGGAAAUGGUAUCACCGCGAUCAUCACAGCUGAGAAUAUCAACCAACCUUUACUCAAAAUUUCUUGCAUUUGUCGGGUUGCUUACCUUCAAGACAUUGUGGAGAUAUCGUUGAAAAUUUGAUAGGACCCUUCACUGGAUAUUCAUGCAUGUGUGAUAGAACUUUGAACAAACACUGAUUCCCUCUGACAGCAGGAACUAGUUUCAGCAAAAAAAAUUAGAAAGGAAAGGAGAAAACCCUCUCAUAUUCGAAUCUGAUGGAUUCGUUUUUUUUUCUCUAUUAAGUUAACGAGAACCAACUUUUGCAACAUACAGACAAAUGAUUCCAGGAUUCUGCGCUGAAAAAAAUACAUAUUUUCACAAUACGCUUAAUGUCAUUUGUCUCGUACUUCCGAAAUUAAUUAAAUCAAGUGGUGCUUCAUGCUACUAGUUUAGACUACUACCGCUCGCUCAAGACAUGUUUAUUCGCCUUUUAUUCUGAAAACAAAAUCCACAUCUUGCUCUGCAAUGGCAAAAGCCGGAAUGUAUUUCCUUUUUCUCGUUUUCGUUGCUUGCCGGACGAAGAAGCAAUGCUGUACGGAAAGUAAUGGUGGUGAAGAUAUCAUCGGUGUUCCUGUAGGAUUGGAAAGUGGGGCCAUCCCAGAUUCAAGCUUUACAGCUUCUAGCCAAAAAGGCCCUAACAACCGAGCUUCGUUGGCGCGGUUGAAUAUACAACCGGAUGGAUAUAUACGAGCAAGUUGGUCUGCGAAAAUCAAUGACGAGAACCAAUGGAUUCAGGUUGAUCUCUUGGACACGUACAACGUCACUGGAUUAGCAACACAAGGUCGUACGCGUUCUUAUUCUUGGGUCAGCAGCUACAAAGUUUCAUGUAGUAUAGACAAUGUGACCUUUGACACAGUGAAGGAUCCCAACAAUCCUAACGAAGACAAAAUUUUCCCCGGAAAUACUGAUAGAAAUUCCAUUGUUUUCAACCCCCUGCCUGCUUACACGGUUUGUCGAUAUGUCCGUGUGAUACCUGUCACAUGGGAAAAAUGGAUUCAGAUACGAAUGGAAAUAUAUGAAGGAGGAACCGUUGAAAUGGAGACCACGACCACUGAUGAUUUGACGACACCUGAUGAAUUGAUGACACCUGAUGAUUUGACGACACCUGAUGAAUUGACGACACCCAACGAAUUAACGACACCCGAUGACUUGACGACACAUGAUGAAUCGACCAUACCUGAUGAAUUGACUACACCUGAUGAAUCGACAACACCUGAUGAAUUGACGACACCCAACGAAUUAACGACACCCGACGACUUGACGACACUUGAUGACUUGACGACACUUGAAGAAUCGACGACACCUGAUGAAUUGACGACACCUUUUGAAUCCACCACACCUGAUGAACUGACAGCACAUGGUGAAUCGAUGCCACCUGAAGGAUUGACGACACCUGAUGAAUCGACAACACCUGAUGAAUUGACCACACCUUUUAAGUUUACAGAAGCGGAAGCAGUAUCAUCUCGUACUGGUGUGCAGAAAUGGCUUUUGGAAUUGACAAACGAAGAAACUGUAUGUUUUUCAAUGACUGCCCCCAUAGUCGUGUAUUUCAGCUGCUUGUGUAUGGCGUUUCUUCUUCGUACUUUUUUCCUUUUAAGUGGGACUAAGAAGGAACCACCGGUGAUGCUGGAGCGGCCCAAGCGGAUGUAUGAACUGGUCAAUUUCUGAUCUAAUGACACGAGAACACACGAGAUGACAGACAGUUUAGAGUACAAGAACAGUAAUAAAGAGAGGCAAAAGGGAUACAAAAAAUUGUGGUUUUCAAAUUACGUUCAGAUUUGAAUACCUACGUCAAAUCAUAAAUUAAGUGUAUGGCAUGCACUGUAACUUGAAUCUGCUUCCAAACUAUGGAACAGAGCAAUUCAAAUACCACGGACUUUAUUCAUAAUUAAACGUUAAUAAUCUCCUUGCAAAUCGUCAAUCGAGCCCACCAUAUUCCACUGCUUCAUUUAAUAAUCAAACUUUUGGUUAUAAAUGUAAAUUUGACUGAAAUCAUGUUAAGUUUAAUACGGUGGCAAUCUCUUCGACCUUUACAAAGCUUUGAUGUUAUUCUACAGUAGCUUUAUGCUUGCAAACCUUGAAUAUUUUAUGGAAAACAAUAAAAAAUAUAAGGAAUCAUGCUGAACAUACAGGGAAAUAUUUUUUAAAGUAAAUCGUUACCAUGGUUACUCUAAGAUUUAUCAGCGAACCGGAGGACGACGGACGAGCCCCCCCCCCCCCUCCACCGCCUCUGUUUUAUUCUUCCUUUAAUUUUGUACAGGAGCCUUUAAGAAAUGUAGUUCCUUCAUGGACCAGAAGUCUUACGAAAUCGCAGUGUCUGGCUCCAGCAAAAUCGGUUUGAAGAUAAAAUAAGACGCCCCCCACUGGUCCAUAUUUGGCCCGUUGAUAUUUACUGUUUCAAAUAAUGGCGUUUGUAAUUUAAAUUUUGCAAUUGGAUUCUGAAAAACAUACCUUUUUUGCUCUUUGUGUAGCCAUUUUAUAAUCACCGAGAACAAUAAAGUUUGAAGGCAAAGGUCAUGUCAUUUGGUCUUUAAAAAAAACUGAUGGGAUGCGAUGCUUUGCUAAUAUAAUUCUGAAACGUACUUUAAGGAAAAAGUUUUGGAUUUCAUGCUCAACUUCGGUUUGACUUGGUGUCAAUAUCUUCCUAAGAUAUUGUUUGUAUUCUAGGUUAAAUACAGAAGACUAAACAUUUAAUGUCAUUGGAAAGAAGCUUCAUUUUACUUUUUUACGUUUUGUUGAUUAAUGAGGUAAACCUUGAGAAAGUUGUGCAAAUAUUCAUAUAAACAUAUGAGAUCUUAAUACUCUGGCCUU